AUGACGGGCCGAAAGAACAUGCGCGCCAGCCCUCAGGAUGACGACUCGCGCGUGACCUAUACUCCCACCACCCAUCGCAUUAGCAAGGCCAAGAAAGGCAAGCGCGUACAUGCCUGCGAGUUCCCCGGAUGUAGCAAGGUCUUCACCAGAGCCGAGCACCGCAGACGUCACGAACUUAACCACAACCCCGAAGCUUCGUACCACUGUACACAAUCAGGAUGCAACAAGUCCUUCCACCGAGCUGACCUGCUUGCGCGCCACAUCGAGAGACAUGAACUCGACUCGCAAAUCGAGCAACCCGCAUGGACACCCAGCCAAGAAACUGUGACCCAAUCCUCGAUUCCGCGCUGCAUGUCAAUUGACCACGAAAUGUCCAUGACCGCAACCUCUCAGCCUCACAACAUGUCCAUCGGGUCCUUGGUGGCUCCCGGCAUUCACUCGGACCUGGUUAACGACUGUUCACUCAUGUGGAGCGGCGUCGACCUUCCUCUCCAGCCCCGGCCAACAUUUCAGAACCAGCUCCCGGAGUCUACAAACGACAGCCCUUUCUAUUCUUCUCCCGCAGAGACCUGCCCCUCGCCUCUGUCAGAUGCGACAUUCUCUCUUCCUCCCCACUCCAGCUCCUCCAUCUCCUCCAUCUCCUCUGCUUCGGUCUCAGUCAUUGACCAGUACCCAAAGAACAUCCUAAAAGGCGAUAUCACUUCGUCUCCGCUGCAAAUGCACACUCCGCUCCGCUGGGACGCCGAUGCCGGCCUCCCUCCCUCCAACCUGGCCGCUAUCUCAAUGGGGGAGAACAUGAUUCAGCCACCCGUUCAAUGCCACUACCCCUCUCCAUCAUGGUCCGGCACCGACUUCUCAUACGAUGACCAGCUCCCAUCCAUGCACCACUUCCAACCCGUGAGCUGGAAUAUCUAA